AGCACGCACUACCCUGACGUGUUCAUGCGCGAGGCCCUGGCACUCCGACUGGACUUAAUCGAGGCUAGAGUUCAGGUAUGAUCUCUUUAGAAUGGCUUUAUGUUGUUGAUGAUCACUGACCCUUAUGGUCAGGCAUUUCAAACUACAUUGCGUAUGUCGGCUGUUCAUCGUAUCAGUCAUGGAGAGCUACUCCAUGACUGAUAUGGUACUACUGCACAUUCUUUCUUCUAUUCUUAUCUUUUAUAGGGUUCGGUAAUUAGCUGAUCAUUUUGAUCACUUCUUAAAAUUGGAGCCGAGAAUCCAUAUCUGUUUAUACUAGAGAGGGCACGAUACCAGCAAAAAAUGCUGGCGGAUUUCAGAGAAAGCACAUGGGAUAUCAGAUCCUGUAGGAAAUGGCAAAGAUUGGAAUUAUAUUUAUGGAACUGGAAAUGUUUACAUAUCACAAGACUUUAAUGGUUUUCGCAGGGCACAAUCGCACAUGAAUUCAUACACCCACUCACACACUACGGAAAAUUUUGGAAACACAAAUCAGCCUACAACGCAGGUCUUUCGACUGGGGGAGGAAAUUGGAAUACACGGAGGAAACCCCCAGAGCACGGGGAGAACAUGCAGGGAGGCGGGAUUCAAACCCCCAACCCUGGAGGUGCGAGGCAAACUUGCUAACCACUAAUCUUCGUAAAAAAAUUUAAAAAAAAAAACAUUAAGGGAUGAGUAUGGGUGUCCGCUGAUAUUCAAGAUUUCCAUGUCAGAUAAGAAACAGUGGUAUCCUGCCACUUAUCUCUAGUUUACACGUGUGGUAAAUAUUAAUGAACUGAUGAUUCCCACGCCUCAUGCUAUGCGUCUGUAUGGUACAGGUGUGGUUCCAGAAUCGUAGGGCGAAGAUGCGCAGACAGAUGAAACUUCAAGGCCAGAGUGGAGACCUGUGUAGGAACGACAGUGAGGCCAGAAAACCAGCACCAUCCAGGAGGAGCACGGAGUCAGACAGCGACCAGGUGCCAUGCUGGAACAGCAAACAGGAGAGGAGCGCUGGACACAGACUGCACCAGGGGUCCAGACAGCAGGCAGGAUCACCAGAGAGCAGUCCAGAGGAAUUCCGCUUCUGCAGCAUUGCCAAACUGAGGGCCAAAGCCAGGGAUUACGAAGCCGAGAUCCACAGCACUGCAGCCAAGGGCGAUAAGAAGUGGUGCUUAAAAGCACACAUGUCCAAAAGUGACUGAUGAAGGUCUGGGUUCCCAAACUCCACUGUGAUCUGGGAAUAUCUGAAUACCUAGUGAUGCUAGUUUAUUUAUUGUCACCUCAUGAUUACACAAGUUGAGGAUGAUGCUUUUAAGUAUUUCUUUCUUUUAGCCUGGUAUUUCUGUUGUAUUAAUAUACAGUAUGUGAAUAUUUUCCACAGCUCUUGUCAAUCUCUGUCAUCACUAAGGUAUUGAUAUGAAAUAUGAACAUUACUGUUCCUGUUAUGUAAUAAUAUUCACUUCACAUUACUUUCCCGAGACUUGAUCGUUAUAUUUUUCCUAGCAUUAUUAUUUUAACACCAAUUUAAAAUGGACAUAAAAGCAAAGCAGACUAAUGCUGAGCAUUUACACUGUAAUUCAAAUUGUAUUAUUAAACAUUGCGAUAUUAAUCAUGAUCACGAUUGUGAUAAUGUCUCUCCUCGCUGGAUUGGUGGGGGGGGGGGAAAUGCAGUUUGUUUCAUUUCAGGCAAAAUGUUUCGAGCUAAGAAAAGGCAAAUGUUAAGUGUUUUGUCUGAUGAGGAAACGAAUGAUGAUCUCAUCAAUGGCUUCACCUUUAGUCAGCUAUCCUGUUUCAGGAGAGAGAGAGAGAGAGAGAGAGAGAGACACAGACAGACACAGGAUGUCUGCAAGCUGCCACAAGCUUGUUGCGAACACAAUGGGGAUGGUUGAAAAAUGAAUGCCCUCUCCUUGACAGAAGUGCUCAGUGAACAUCACAUUUGUAAACCUGCUCAUCAUGCUUUUCUCCUCCUUCCCCUUUCAUGCC